GUACCUCUGAACUGCUUAUGUGCAGUACAGACUAAGUUGUGAGUGUGGUUCAGUGCUUUUACUUUUGACGCAGGCAGGCUUCAACUGGAACAGAGAAGUGGGUGUGCCCGAGCAGGAAGGUAAGCUUUGCCGUGUCCAAACCUGCUUACCUUGUCUGUCAGCAAACAAGCAACACAUACCUGCAUUUAGGAUACUGCAACAUUCUCUGUCCCUGCAGCUCUCGCAAUCUCUACACUAAGGUGUUCUUGUUAAAAUAGCAGAUAUGCCGGUCAAAGUGUUUUUUUCCAGCGUGUGCGGUACCGUAGAGAUGAGGAAAAAUCAGGACAAAAUCUUCUCUAUCUUGACCUCCAAGAAGAUCCCCUUCGAAGUGGUGGACAUUUCUCAGAAUUCUGAAGACAAGGAUUUAAUGAGGAAGAGGGCAGGGAACCCGAAAGCACUGCCCCCUCAAAUAUGCAAUGGGGACGUCUACUGUGGGGACAUCGUUGCAUUUAAUAAUGCUAUCGAGAUGGAAAACUUAGAGGGGUUUCUCAAACUCUAAAAGUGUUGAAGACCAGCGAUGGGACAACUCAACCACCAUUUUCGCUGCACUAUCUAUCUAUAUAAAUAUAUAUAGUUAAGCAAACAAACAAAAAUAAAUCUAGAAAAAAACAUUAAUUCUGUUUCCAUUCAUUUCAUGUUGUUAUGACGGACCUUUUAUUCAUUUUGAUAAAUAAUGCUCAGUGCUCAAGAAAAUGUACAUUUAAGUGGAACUGCCUUUCUAGCCUUUUUGGAGUUGCACAUCUGAACAGUUUGUAUGAUUAAAAUAAAAAAUGCUAAAAUUCA